AUGGGCGACAACACCACCACCACGACACCAGCCGCCGCCCCCCUCGUCGCGCGCCCGCUCGAGGGCAAGCUCGGCAUCAUCUCCGGCGGCUCGCGCGGCAUCGGGGCGGCGGUCGCGCGCAGCCUGGCGGCCAAGGGCUGCUCGCUGGUGCUGAACCACACGUCGGCAGCGUCCGAGGGGCGGGCGGCGGCGCUGGCGCAGGAGCUGCGCGACGCGCACGGCGUCGCGGCCACGGCGGUGCGCGCCGACAUCAGCGAGGAGAGCGGGUGCGCGGCCAUCAUCGACGCGGCGAGGUCCAUCUUCAAAGGUGGUGACAAGCUGCGCAUCGACGUGCUGAUCAACAACGCUGCGGUGCAGACGAAGGCGUAUCUGGGGGAGAUUAAGCCCGAGGAGUUUUGGAAUAUUUAUAAGAUUAAUGUGCUUGGUACGGUGUUGUUGACGCAGGCGGUGCUGCCGUUCUUGCCGUGGGAUCGGAGUGGGCGCAUUGUGAAUAUGAGCAGUGUGACGAACAGCAAUGGCAUGGCCGGAUACAGCAUCUACGGCGGCACCAAGGGCGCGGUCGAGUCGAUGACCCGCGUGUGGGCACGAGAGCUGGCGGAGCGCGCGACCGUCAACACGGUCAACAUCGGCCCUACCAUGACCGACAUGUACCAGGACAUCCCCGUCGAAGUCCUCGCCGACGUGCUCAAGUCAUGGUUCCCCACCGCACCGCUGUCGGCUGUGCGUGAGCAGGACUCGGAGCGCGCCAAGUACUUCGCCAAGGAGCUGGGCGGCAGGCCUGGCUAUCCGGAGGAGGUUGCGGGCGUUGUGACCAUGCUUUGUUUACCGGAAAGCGGAUGGUCGACUGGUGGGUUGAUCGAUGCUAACGGAGGUGGAAGAGUGGGCUAUUAG